CUGUAACCGGUCAAUAAAACAAGAUGAACGUUUGCACUUUUCUAAGAAUAAUUAACAAAUAACAAAGCAAUACAUGGGUAUAACUCAGGUGAUCUUAGAAUACAGUAAAAUUCACUGAAAGGCAAGUUGACUGAAAAUGGCUUGUAUAGAAACCCUGGUGAUAGUGAUACUGAGUGUGUCGGCGCGAGUGACGUCACUGAACACCAGCGACGCCAACAUGGACCCCGUGACGGCGCAGCUGCCCGACUACAAGAUGAGGACUCCGAUCCCGGGUGUCCUCACAACGAGCGCGGGGCGUCCGGUGGACGUGAGCGAGGCGCGCACGCUGGGCCGCUCGCUCGCCACCAACCUGUUCGCGCUGGAGGCCAUCAAGCACGCCGUCAGCGAGCGCCGCCCCGACCGCCCCGUCUUCGCCAAGGCCAUCGCCGCCAAGGGCGUGCUCGAGGUCAAACACGACGUCACACGGUACACCAAGGCCAAGCUGUUCGAACAUGUCGGCAAAGUAACUCCUCUCAUCGCAAGAUUCUCAACCUCUCAGAUCCAAAAAGGAGGAAACGAUGCUGCCCCGUACACAGCGAGGGGACUCUCCAUGAAAUUUUACACCGAAGAGGGCAACUUCGACCUACUGGGCUUCAAUGUGCCCGUCUACUUCUACAGGGAGCCGAUCGGGUUCGUGGAGCUGCUGCACGCGCUGGGGCUGAACCCGCAGACCAACCUCCUGGACAUCAGUGCGACCAUGGACAUGGCGACGCUGUCCCCGGUGAUGCUGCACAUGCUGCUGUGGUCGCUGUCGGAGCGCGGGCUGCCGCGCGGCUUCCGGCGCAUGAGCGGACACCCGCUGCACACGUACGAGCUCUACAACGACCAGGGAGAGGUCUUCUAUGCGAGGUUCAGGUUCCAGGCCGACCUGCCCUACGAGUCCAUCUCGCUGGAGCAGGCCGCCGCGCUCAACGCGUACGAUCCCGACCUCUUCAUCAGAGAUCUAUACAACUCCAUUGAGAGGCAGAACUACCCCACCUGGACGUUCGAGAUGGACGUGCUGAACGACGACUUGGACCAAGUCACGUUCGAUCCUUUCGAUCUGACCAAAAUAUGGCCGAACGGCACGUUCACAACGGUCCAAAUCGGAACGAUUACUUUGAAUCGGAACGUCGACAAUGCGUUUGCUGAAAAUGAAGAUUUAGCAUUGUACCCUGGUAAUUUGGUGCCAGGUAUAAAUCCUCCGCACGACCAAGUGUUCGCGGCGCGUAUGUACGCGUACUUCGACUCGCAGAUGAACCGGCUGGGCAGCAACUACAACAAGAUCGAGGUGAACCGGCCGCUGUACGCGCGCACGUUCACCCGGGACGGCGCGCCGCCGCUCCGGGACAACGAGGGCGACCGGGUCAACUACUACGGCAGCUCGUUCCACGGCGCGCGCCCCGUGCACGACCCGGACAAACCCGACCGGGUGUUCAAAACAAACGAGGUCGAGGAAGCCGACUACGAAGCCUGCAGACGAUUUUACAACGAAGUGAUGGCCACUGAUGCACAAAAGAACAGACUCGUAAAGAACAUGGUGCUCACAACGUUGAGGGCACAUCACUCGUUGCAGCUGCGACUGCUGGAGCUGCUCAGUAAAGUGGACGCGGACUUCGCGAAGAGAUACGAGGUAACCCUGGACUUGGCAAAAGCUAAAGUUCGGCUGCCGCAAACAGUUGAUGAUGUGGAUCCAAAUCAUUUGAACCCAUAUGCUGAUCUGUAAUUUUUUAUUCAUUGUACCUAUCUAUUUUAAGUAUUAGUCAGCUCACUCAGAACGGUUUUUUGUAGUUAAAAAUUACCUCGAAAAGAAAUAAAUUUUAAGUACAGACUACAGUACUCACAGAGAAUCGAAAGCAUACAAAGAUCUUUUACUCGUCAUCUAGCCUUCAUUUCCCGCAAUAUUUCCCCGUGUGCCUUGCCUUGGUGUUUGAAGUUGUUAGUAUAAUAUUGAAUGUCACGGAGAGAGCGUCUGGAAAAUAUGGUUACUCGUAUAAUUAUGUAACAACACUGAACAACAUGAGGUAGACAGCACACUCACACUCACACACACAGCGGCAGCGCCAAGAGAGUGAAAAGUUCCAGAACAGUCUCUAAUUAGACUGGUCCUGAACAAUCCCGUGUUGGAAAAACAACAGAACUAAUUAGCUCCUGAAGAUAUCCAGACAGCUCUCGCGUAUGGAACACGUGCCCGGGGUAUGGAACACCCUAGUCCACCUGCCGAGGGUACAGUUGUAUGGAAUAGCCGACGAAACUGUACACGAUUAGUGCACUCUAUUUGUUGUUAGUUCUCACUGCAUCUGUAUAAAUAUACUUGUUAAUACUUAAACCAACUUGUGUUAGUAGAAAAUACAUAAAUUUACUAGACAG